AUGUCCUUCGAGUACUUGCCCGUGGCUGAAGAUGAAAAUGAAGAACCCAUAGAAUUACCAAUCGAAGAUGAUGGAACUUUGAUGUUAACAACCGUGUCUGCGCAAUUUCCUGGCUGCUGUGGUCUGAAAUAUCGUCAUCCAGAAACAAAAAACAUCAGAGGUAUCAGAUUAAGAGAUGGCAGAUUGUAUCCGCCUCCCGAAGGAUGGGGUAAUCAUUUGUAUAUUUGUAGCUUUCCAAAAGAAACUAAACGUAAAUCAGGUGAAAAUUCUGAAGCAUCUGCUUCGAAGAGUAAGCGAAAUGAUAAUCUUUGCUCUGAUUUGAUAGUGCUGGGUUUACCAUGGAAAGCAACAGAGCAAACAGUGCGGGAAUACUUUGAGAAGUUUGGGGAAGUUUUGAUGGCACAAUUGAAAAGAGACCCGAAAACUGGAAUGUCCAAAGGUUUUGCUUUUAUUAGAUUUGCCUCUUACACUUCCCAGAUGAGGGUGCUAGCUCAACGGCAUAUGAUUGAUGGAAGAUGGUGUGAUGUUCGGAUACCUAACUCAAAGGAAGGGUCUGUUGCCUCAAUGCCUUGUAAAGUAUUUGUUGGUCGCUGUACAGAAGAAUUAUCAGCUAAUGACUUGAGAGAAUACUUUUCUCAAUUUGGGGAAGUGACAGAUGUGUUUAUCCCAAAACCCUUUAGGGCUUUUAGCUUCAUAACAUUUUUAGAUCCUGAAGUUGCACAAAGUCUAUGUGGUCAAGAUCAUAUAAUUAAAGGAGUGUCUGUGAAUGUUUCUAAUGCCUCACCUAAACAAAACAAGAGUGGAUCUAAUCAGCGCAAUUUACCUGGCCGGAAUUAUGAAGAAGGACAUCCUCAUAAUGCUUCUAAUAAUAACUCAUGGAGCAGUCGCAAUAUUGAUAUGGUGAAUAUGCAAGCAUUGAGCAUAUCAGGUCAACAUGGUCAAACUGCAGUGGCUGGUGGAGGUGGUCAAGCUCAAGGUGGUAGUAUGCCCCUGGGGAUGGGAGGAUUACCAGUCAAUCAAGCCUUGGUAGCAGCAGCUUUGAAUCAAGCAGCUGGCUGGGGUCUCAUCAACAAUAUACCGUCCGGUGGUUCUGAGCAAGGGGCAUUUGCAGGUCCAGGUUCAUCUGCACCGCCAGCGCCGCCCAACUUCCUGUCUUGGAUGCAACAAGGUAAUUCUGCACAGGGACCAUCUAGUCAGUGGGGACAAAGACAUCAAUCCCAAGGUCACUCUGUUUGA